UAAGAAUAAAAGCAAGAUAAAUAGACUUUUGGCGGUAAUUCCCUUCCAUAACCAUGGAGGUGGUGAUAAGAACACAGGUGACAACUCAUCAACCAGUUCUAACCAAGGAGAUAAAAGACCGAACACUAGUCCUGUAAAACAGGGUGAUUAUACUGCUGAUGAUGACGUGAAAUCAACAGGAGACACGGAACAAGAAAAGGAGACAGAAUCUAAAAAAAGCCCAAGACCAUCAUCCCAAGGGAACAGUGAUCUACAGACAACUACCGAGGAUGUCGAAGAUUCAGGUAACCUCUCUGUUGGAACCACUGAUGACAACAAAGACAGCCAAAUGGAGAGAGAUACGGAAAAUGGUGCAGGAACUACUGAAAGUAGUACUGAUGGCAAAACCACUAAGCCAAUCAAUGAUGACGACACAAACAGCACUGGUGAGAUAAGUACUGCAGACGUCCCAGAUAUUGGAAGUGAAUCAGAGUGCUAUGAAAGCACAGAAAUUCCUGAAAAUACAGACAAUUUUUCUAAAGAGACUGGGUUAAGAGAUGGACAAAUUUUAGCUCAAACACCAGAGGCAAAAGUUAAAAGCAAAAUUUUCUGGAAAGAUAUAAUGAAAACACAAGCAGUUACAGUUAUAUUGGCUGUGUAUGGUGUUUUGAUUCUUCUAUUGUUAUACCUGGUUCUGAAUACACCCUAUUCAUCGAUCCAUGUACCACCAACAAAUGUUGAAGCAUUAGUGAAGAUUUCUAAUCUCAAUCAGAAUUUUGGAGCCCUACAACUGGAAAAUUCAAAACUCAAAAGUAAAAUUGACAGCUUAGAAAUAGAAAUACAGGAAAAGAAAGACGAGAUUAGAAAGCUGUAUGAAACAGUGGAAAAACUUCAACAGAUGGUGGAUAACCUGAGAGAAAAACUUCCCUUCCUGGCCGGGAAGAUGAAGUGGAUGGAGCAGGAGCAGACAGAGCAGGGUAACUAUAUCCUGCUAUUUCUGGUUAUAUUUCUGCUCAUAUUCCUUGGAAUAACUUAUUUAAUAAUGCGUCGCAAAGAGACACCGCAUAUUAUACCAGGACAAGUAGAAAGCUUUGCUCAGUUCCAUAGCAAAGUUGGUGGCAAAACGCAUACAUCUGUCCUCGAUAAGAUACGUCCGAAAAGUUUGGACAAAACAAUUGGAAUCGUAAGCUUCAAUAAUAACACACAGAAAGUCCACAAGGAAAUGCUUCAGCGCGCUUUAAAUUCAAAUGAUAGAAAUACUGAGAUUGUUGCUGUUGUUGUAGACAGAGCAGAUAAAAUUCUGACGAUACAUCCUUCAUGUUUAUUGUUUAUUUUUGUGGAUAGAAAUGAUCGAAAUAUCAUUCUUGAAGACCCAGACUCGGAGAUUGGUGACCUUAGGCGACUCACAACACAAGGUGUUAUGAAGAUGGGAUGUACCGUGGCGGUAGUCUAUGUACAUGACAAAGAGUCUCGGGAUUUAGAUGGGCGUGACCUAUAUAAUCCCUGCCUCCAGUCAGUCAAACGACACCCUGUAUUAAAGGAAUUGCAGGCAGAUGGGCGUGUCUUCUCUGUGAUGGACAAUUUCAAUCAAAAUCAAAAUAAACAUAUUAACCAACUGCUGAAGAAAUGCGGAUUGUAAUGUGUUUAAAACGGAAUGAUUGAAUAAAAACUAUAUCUUUUUUCCUAAAUAAAGGGGAA